AUGCCUCCCAAACCAUUUCGAAUUGCUGUUCCUGAUGCUAAGUUGGAGAGCCUCCGCCAAAAGCUGGAGGCUGCAACUCUCCCGGAUGAGCUCGACAAUGCCGAAUGGCAGAUGGGUGUCCCCUUGGAUAAAAUCAAGCGACUGACAGCUCACUGGCGAGACAGAUUCGACUGGCGCGAACAGGAGAGGAAGUUGAACGACAAUUUUACUCAAUUUACUCUCCCAGUUUCGGUAUCUGGCUUUGACGAUCUGGAAAUACAUUACCUGCAUCAUACCAGCUCUACCGUGGAAGCCAUUCCCCUACUCUUCCUUCAUGGAUGGCCGGGGAGCUUCAUCGAGGCUACCAAGGUAAUCCCGUUGCUAACUGUGGGUGAUAACAACAAACCGGCAUUUCAUGUUGUAGCACCAUCCUUGCCCAAUUUUGGCUUCUCUUCCGCUGUUAAGAAGAGAGGGUUCGGGCUGAAUCAGUAUGCCGAGGCAAUGCAUGGUGUCAUGAUGGCAUUAGGUUACAAAGAAUACGAAAAGAAGCAUGAACUAAACUCUCAUGAGAUGGGGAUGGGAGUAGCCAUCCAAGGCGGCGAUUGGGGUGCUUUUAUCGCCCGAACAAUGGCCAGAAAGUACCCUGACCAGGUUAAAGCUAUCCAUAUCAACUUCUUCCCGAUGAGUCUCCCACGUCCCUGGCAGAGCCCGGUCCUGUUUUUCCAAUCCCUCCUCACAGUCCCAUUCUCCUCUGAGAAAAAGGCCUACCUCGCUACUAUCCUCCAAUACAUCACUAAGGGAAGCGGUUACCUAAUUCAACAGUCUACUCGCCCACAGACUAUCGGCUACGCACUGCAGGAUAGCCCUGUGGCACUGUUGGCGUGGAUCUACGACAAGCUGCACCAGUGGGCGGACGACUACCCCUGGACUGAUGAUGAGAUUCUUACCUGGGUGAGCAUUUAUCUCUUCUCCACUGCGGGUCCUGCGGCAUCAACACGGAUUUACUAUGAGAGUUCCGAGGAUGGCUCGACUUGGGAGACAACAUCAAAACCCGCACCUGCAGGUGUGAAGGUUGGGGUUGCCCAGUUCAAGAAGGAAUUGAUGAAGUAUCCUUUAUCUUGGACCCAGAUGUUAGGCUCUGUUGUGCAAGCCACUGAGUACCCACGAGGCGGUCAUUUUGCGGCUUGGGAAGUGCCUGAUCUACUGGUAGACGAUGUGAAGUCGUUCUUUAGUAAGGGGGGUCCAGCCUACGAGGCGGUACUGGGGAAAGAUGGAUUCUAA